AUGCCCGUGGCUCGCAUAAUCCUUGAAGAGGCUGUCGUAUCUGAUUUCAGGGGUGUGCUCCUGCAUAUCCUUUCGAAUGGGGGAGGCCUCCAGUACAUAAAGCUCCGUAAGGCGCUCACCAAGCUGCCACCGCCUGCCAUGACAAACAUAGCAGCGCGUCACAUACCUACCGCGUUAAUGGCUCCUUCGAACCCAAUCCUUCAUCUCCUCAUGAUCCCUCCCAUCGCCCUCGUCUAUGCAUUCUUCUACGUGGUGAACAGCCUUUGCGGGCACCCGCCCAUCUUCACGGGGCUCCGCGCAACCUUUAACAGCGCCGAUGCGCUGCCUUCGCUCACUGAUCCUGCCGACGUGAGCUCCACACCGGGGCUGUAUGUCUACUCCGACCACGACAAGAUCACUCUCGCGCCGAACGUCACUGUACACAGCUCCGAGGCGGAGUCAAAGGAAUUUGACAUAGCGGUACAGAAGUUCGCCAAUACCGGUCAUAGAUACUGGGGAGCAGUGCGUAGACUGUGGCAAAGAGCCCUCGCCAAGUCCACUGGUUCAUCUCUGUCUUCGACCCUUUGA